AUGAAUUAAAUCUAAUCAGUCAUUUCAUAUUAAAAUGAUAGUAAUACAAAUAUGGCUGCUUUUAGACCUGCCAGUUCUAUAGAAAUUGGAGAUAUAAAAUCAAAAGAUUAAAAUUUAUUAAGAAAAAGUUUAAUGGCUUCUGUCAAUAUAAGAUAAAUGUAAAUGUAAUAAAUUCAUCCAUUAAAUACUAAAACUAAUGAAAUCAUUGAAGAAGUCUAAGUUGAAUUUGAAGGAAUUUAGAAUAUUGAUUACAGAUUACCUGAAUUGGCAAUAAGUAGAGAUUUAGAAAUUGAAACACUUGAAGCUGAAAUCAAUUAAUAAUCUAAAAUCUUAUAAUCUGGAUUAUUUUAAUAUUAAACAACCAAUUAUUUUACAGGUUGGCUCUAAAAAAAAAGUAAAUCUUUAUUAAAAUCAUAUAAAAAUAAAUAUUGUGUAUUUCAUGAUGGAAUUUUAUGUAUUUAUGAUAAUGAACAAAAAAAUAGAGCUAAAAUUGUUUUAAAUUUUCAUUUAUUCAAUUUUAAAUACUUUUCAAAAUAAGAAAAUAAUAUAACAAUAGAAUUUGGUUUAAAAUGUGAAGAUAAUGAUGUAGUAUUUUAAUUUAAAGGUGAUAAAUGUCAUGAUUGGUUUAAAAUUAUUAAAAAAUGUAUAGAUGAUUAUCGAUAGACUCCAAAAUAUUAAUAUUAUAUUCGUCCAUUUGAAGAAUAUUAUAAAAAGAGAUUAAUUCAUAAUUAGUAAUUUUUAGAUAUGGCUUAAACUGGAGAUAUAUUAUUAUUUCAAGGAAAACAUAUAUCAUGCAAAGCAUAAAGACUAGUUACUAGAUCUUAAUAUGGUUAUUUAUUUAUAUUUAAAAUAUAGAUCAUGUUGCUAUGAUUUUAAAAUAUACAAAUGGAUCUAUAUAUGUUUUAGAAGCUACAGGUACAUUUGGUGUAGGAAUUUUUGAAUGGAAACAUAUGAUUGGAAAAUAAUGGUAUGAAUUAUAUAACAAGUAUUAUGUAUUUUUAUAUAUAUUUAGAGUUGUUUAUCGUCAACUUGAUAUUAAAAGAACUACAGAUUUUUUAGUGAAAAUGGAAUCAUUUACUAAAGAAAAUCUUGGAAAAGCUUACUCUUUAACUGUUAGAAAAUUAAUAACUGAUAAAUCUGUUAUGGUUCCAUCAACUGACAAAAAUACAUACUUUUGUUCCUAAUUAGUAGCUUAAGCCUAUAAAAAAGCAGGAAUCUUAUAAACAGAAUUAUCAGCUACUUAAUUUUGGCCAGGAUCCUUUUCUAAUGAAAAAUAAGAUUUAGAAUUAACUGGUGCCAAAUUAUCUGAUGAAUAUUUAAUUGGAUUUAAUAUGUGA